UGAGUGUGUCUCAGAAUGCAAGGAGUAUACUUGGAUGGUUGUCAUUCCACAAUCUUUCUGCUGGGGAGUGGUGCCUUGACUACCUCACCUGGGUGGACCCAGCAAUGUCUGGAUAGCUACCUCAGGAGCUGUCGCAGAUGCAGAUCUGGUCUUGCCAACCACCACCUGGCUGUAGUUGCCGACCCCUCACACCCUCUUCUUGCCUCUGGCCAGGUACAGGUUGGUGUAUGGUCUCCCAUACGUCAGCUGGUGUCCCGCACGCCUCGUCCUGCCAGACGGAGGUGGGACAGGGGGAAGGGGAAGGGGAGGAAGACACGUCCGACUCAACCCUCUCCUCCCCUGGUUGAUGUCCACCUCGACUACUCUCAACUAGAGAUACUCAUAUCUUCCCUGGACACUACUGGGGGACAGGGACACCAUGACACACUGCGUGAUGUAGGAUCAGAGAAGAGUGUUGCACCCCAGAAUACUGCACCCCAAGGUACUCCGGUAGCCAGGGGUAAUGUACCCCAAGACACUACCCCUGAAGACACUGUACCCCAAAACACCGUACCCCAGGGUACUGUACUCCAGGACUCUGUACUACAGGCUAUUUUACCCCGGGACACGGCACCCCAGGGUGGAGUAACACUGGAAUCUGGAAGAGAAGAGAAAAUGGAGCACCAAAGCACUCAACUGCAGCACACUGCAUGUACUACAAGUGAUAGUCUUACCAUUGGAUCAGAAAACACAGCACCCCAUGGAAUUGCACCACUGAUAGAGAGAGAUCAGUUGCCACAUAGUGUGGGAUCACAGAGCACACAACCAAAGGAUGCUCCAUCACAAGAUCCUGCGGCUAAGUUACACCGUGAUUCUGAAUUAGGGGAUGGAGAGAUGCCCGGUUCAAUAUUGCUGGCAACGGAAAUUGAGCACAAGGCAGAGGGGCAGAGUAGAGUAAUGUAUUGUGUUUGCAGAGGAAUGGAUGUGGUAGCUGGUCAGCUCCAUACUCUACUGGACUACCCUCCCUGGACACCUGGAGCCAUUGAUGCUAUAUCCCCCAUUGAGGUUUUUGUGCACUGGUUUCGUACAGAGAACAGUAUCACUGAUGUUCACUGGCUGGUGGGAGAAGAACAGGUCCCUUGCCCAAGCUCUCUCCCAUCACUCACUGGGGCCCUAUUGCGUCUGAGACUGUGGCAUAACGUGGAGCUCCAGAUAGUGGCCAGCUGCCGCGGUAGAGGGGAGAGCAGUGAGGAGUGGCAUGAGGUGGCAAAGGCUAGAGUCGUCAGUGCUGACCAGUGGACACACGGACUGGAGGACAUAUGGAGAGGCAGUCUCCACUUCACUGAGCAGAGGACCGCAAUGAAACAGGCCAGUCGAGAGACGCUGGUGUUCCAUGGCUUCUCCCUCGCACUCCGACCCCGUAACCUCCUCCCUAGUGACGGUAGCGACGUAUCUCCGACACUUCUCCCCGACGAUGACAUCACUGCUCCCCGUAAUGACAUCGUCACUUCCGCAUCCCGCGUCCUGAGAGACGUGGGUCUCCCGGAGACAGGUGCCACGCCCACCCAUCUGGAGGUGGUUCAACUGGUUGACGUGUCAACCAUCCCUCUCUUCUUGUUCUCUCCAUUCACCUGCACCCUUAUCCCAAAAGCUGGUUCACAAUACAUAGACUCCACUUCAGGACGUGCUGUAAAUCUCUUCGCAAUAGAAAUCACAAGGACUCUGCUCUACUGUUUCCAGAGCUCUUCAGAAAGAAAGUCAGUUCAGACCUACACACACGUACAAACUACUAUGGUGGCUUUGCAAUCUGAUUGGUCAAUUCGAAACGAGCUCACUCUACUAUGGUGUUGUAUGCACAUACUAUAA